GCCCAGACAGCUCCGUCUCUCGUCACUCCAGGCAGGAAAGCACCACACUGUCAAGUAAGUACGCAAUGCCGCGCCACCUCGGCCUUCACGGCGUGAUCACCGCCGGCGCGUCGCGCCACCUCGCCCUGCACCACAGCGGCGUGAUCGCGGCUGCGGUGCCGGCGGCGGCGGCGUUCCUGGCCGUGUGCGCGCUGGCGCUGGCGCUGUGCGCGUCGCACUCGGGGGCGGGAGCCGCGGCCACGGAGCGGCUGCGGCGCGCGCUGGCGAGCGUGAGCCGCCGCAGGACGGACCCGGUCAUCAGCAUCCACCAGGUGCAGCCCGGCGGCGUAGGGGCCGACGCGUCCCCGCCGCCUUGCGUCUGGCAGAAAGGGAUCCUCAUGGGAGGGAAGUGCCAGCUCCCGGACUUCUCCGGCGUCAUCAACUACGACCCCGCCGGCAACAUGGUCGCGCCCGGCCGUCCUCGGGCCUUGCCGGCGCUUGGCUGGUGAGCGAUCGAUCAACGCCACGAACUCGUCCAAUCGAGAGUGACGUGUUUGCUGUACGUGUGACGUGGACUCGUAGCAGUAAUCUGCUAUGCAGAGUGGCAUCCCCACAUGGUGGGCUGGAGUGGAUUUUCUUUCCUUGCGACAGGGAAAAUUCUUAGUAUUGGGUGUCAAUCCCUAUUAAUAUCCUCUUGGGACUUGUGUGUUCCUCUUUUCAUUGAGAAUCUCCUUAUUUACGUGGCUAAG